AUGAUAUUCGCGACUUUAGAACAUAUAUUAACUCACAUCUCUUUUUCAAUAAUUUCAAUUGUCAUUACGACUCAUUUGAUGACCUUCGCCCGUGAAAUCGCAGGACUAUCUGAUUUGUCAGAAAAAGGCAUGAUAGCUGUUUUUUUGCGUAUAACAGGAUUAUUAGUCACUCGUUGGAUUUAUUCAGGACAUUUACCAUUAAGUAAUUUAUAUGAAUCAUUAAUUUUUCUUUCAUGGGGUUUCUCUCUUAUUCAUAUGAUUUCUAAAAUACAGAACCAUAAGAAUUUUUUAAGUUCAAUAACCGCGCCAAGUGCUAUUUUAACCCAAGGCUUUGUCACUUCGGGUCUUUUAACUGAAAUGCAUCAAUCCGCAAUACUAGUACCUGCUCUACAAUCCCAUUGGUUAAUAAUGCACGUAAGUAUGAUGUUGUUGAGCUAUGCAGCUCUCUUAUGUGGAUCCUUAUUAUCAAUAGCUCUUCUAGUCAUUACAUUUAGAAAAAAGCUAGAUAUUAUUUUCUUAUUAAUUAGGUUAUUCUCUUUUGGUGAGAUCCAAUAUUUGAAUGAAAAAAGAAGUAUUUUGCAAAACACUUCUUUUUCAUUUAGAAAUUACCACAAAUAUCAACUUACUCAGCAAUUAGAUCAUUGGAGUUAUCGUGUUAUUGGUAUAGGAUUUACCCUUUUAACUUUAGGUAUUCUUUCAGGGGCGGUAUGGGCUAAUGAGGCAUGGGGAUCCUAUUGGAAUUGGGACCCCAAGGAGACUUGGGCUUUUAUUACUUGGACUAUAUCUGCGAUUUAUUUACAUACUAGAACAAAUAAAAACUUGCAAAGUGCGAAUUCAGCAAUUGUGGCUUCGAUAGGAUUUCUUAUCAUUUGGAUAUGCUAUUUUGGGGUCAAUCUAUUAGGAAUAGGCCUACAUAGCUAUGGUUCAUUCGCAUUAAGGUAA